UGGCUCAGUGUCGGAGACACAUGGCCUGAGCUCUGCUGAAGCGCGCUUGGCCGAGCUGCAAAGGUGACCGGUCAGGCUGUGCCGCUAGCAGAGGUCAGCCGCCUGACGCCGAGGCAGGUGUGGAGAUGCCGUGGGCUCGGGCAGCAGCAGUUGAAACAUUCUCUCCUGGUUAGUGUUUGGUGGGGAAGAAUGUGUUUUCUUUAGGAUUUCCCGAUCCUGGGAUGACCGUUGUAGUUACUAGUUUUUAAGUCGUUGUGAGUAACCUGUGGUUUCCUAUACUUUCCUAUAAUCACUGAGACUUAUUAUUGCUUGUUUUUCUGUAUUUAAAGUUCCUUGAUGCAAGACCCUGUUUUUGUGAAGCUGCACAUUGUUUAUGAUGAAUGGAUUACAUCACUGGUGAUAAUAAAACUGGGACGAACCGGGCAUCGGGGCCUCUGCUGUUGCCUUUGGUCUUUGACAGAGACUCUGGUUUCCGCACACAGAAUCAAUCUGCGUCUGUUUCUGUUGUGGGCGAGGUUGGUUGGGCCUAAAUUUCUAUUCCGGACUCUUGCCUUUUACGUGGAGGACUCUGAGUACAGGCACAAACGUGCCGUGCAGUGCGAAGAGGUUUAUUUACACAGUGAGAGAAUGCACAGGCACCGGAGGGCUUUAUCUAGGGAGCGUGCGGAAGGACGGGUAGAGAGGGACUUCCACACCCUGCUUUCCCUGGGUCGGUGAGGGGAGAGAGCAGGGGAGCGAGAGAGAGCCCCCUCCCCUUUACCAGGCUUCUUACACGCUUAGAAAAGGGAGUGGUUACAAAGUACUGCCCGAAGGUCUCGGUGAGGAGAGGUACAUCCUGGGGAAGGGGUCAUCUGAUUGACAGUCGGGUUGAUAUGGUAACACGGAGUAGGGGAGGUGUGGCUUCCAGGUCCUGAACUUAAGCUGUGUGCCUGACUUGCCCCACAUCACUUCUGUACUCUGUGCCCUGCGGUGCUGCACUGGACGAAGCCGAGUGGCGAGGAGAGGAGAAAGUGAAACACAGACGGCCAGCGGCAGCCCUGGUGCUGGUCAGAGUCGCGGCCGUGAGAAGGCAAACGCCGCUCUAAGGAGCUUGGCGGUUCAGGCGCUUCUCAAGUGUUUUAGACUCAGGCCCUUCCUGCAGAAAGACCUCAGAUGAUCACAAAGGUGCUUCCAUCAGGCCGGGGCGUGGAGGAUGACCAGCUAGACCAGAGCUUCCGGAGGACGGCCUUGAACCCCAGCGGGACCCAGAAGGCGCCAGCCAUUAGUAUGAUACCAACUACGAAGACCAGAGCAACCCCUGAUUCCUCUCCAGUCACCUGGGGCCAGUUCAAAAACACCAUUCAAGCCACUGAAAACCUUUGUCAACAAAACCUUCCUCUCACCUCCUCAGCCAGCCUCUGGAUGGGUGUCUUCACCAUACUUUCUGUUGUGGUAGCAGGGGUGCAGGGGGAACAUUACUGGGCAUUUAUCCCCAGGCCCCCAGUGUUGAGAGCAAUGACCUGGAUUGACAGACCACCUCUUGUAUAUGUUAAUGAUACAACUCACAUGCCCCAUCCCAAAAUUACGAAUUUUCCAGAUAUGACAAAAGAAGGAACUCCAUUUAAUUAUACUGGUCAAACAGUAUACAGGCCCUUUUGUAUCACAAAAAAUCAGUCUCUUAGUCCAGCAUGUGUUUCCAUUGGGUAUCAAGGAUGGCUUUUGCAGUCACCGGAUACAGACUCCUCCACUCAGGGUCUGUAUUUGCUUAGAGCAUAUAGUCUUAGAGGGGCAGAGGUCAAUUCCUCUAAGUUCCCUGACCGUCCAGACAAACACUUUUGUCAGCACCAAUCUUCCUGGGUGGUGGGGGAAUUAGAAUGGCACAGUUGCAUCUCUCCUUACUCAAAAGCUUAUAAACUGUUAGAUGAGGUUUAUUUUAAUUGGGGCCCCUAUGGACAUAUAAUUUCCCCCUCUCAUCUUAAUAUUUUUUAUAACAGUACUACUAAAACCGUCACUUCACCAGGUCUUUUACGGUGGCGUGAUGGUGGCAUGGCUGGACCACAACUACAGCUUAGCUCUGGUCCCUUACAAGACACCCAGUGGAAGGUUGCUGCAGCUUUAGGUGCUUUAAGUAUUUUUAAAAUGGAUGUCACCCUAGACACCACUAAUGCAACCUCUAUUUAUGUACCUCUUGCUUAUACUGUCCCUAUCCAAUCUUGCGUUUUUGCACCUUAUGUUUUGCUUGUCGGACAAAACGUGGUUAUCCAAAAGGAUAACCACACAGGCCUCUUUCAUGUUUCCUGUAAACAUUGUUUUUUACAUCAUUGCAUUUCUAAGGAUAAUGAAAAUCAAACCAUUUUGUUUAUGUAUCAACCCACUGCUGUUUGGCUCCCUGUGAAUUUAACUGAGCCGUGGACACAAACUCCUACAUUACCCGUUCUUCAUUCAGUGAUCCAAGCAGUUGUCAUUAGGACUAAACGUAUGUUAGAGUUCUUUAUUGGCGUUAGUCUGACCAUCAUUGGCAUAACUUCAGCUGUGGCUACCGCUGCGGUGGCUCUCACCCAGGAUGUACACACACAUACCUUUGUUAGUAACACGGUAAUGAACUCUUCACAGCUCUGGCAAACCCAGCACCGACUGGAUAUUGCUGUUAGGGAUGAACUAGACAGUCUGAAAGAUGCCAUUUCCUGGCUGGGACAAGAUUUGGACACUGUGCAUACUCAGGUGGAGUUGCCAUGUCAUGUUAAUGUCACUGCGUACUGCAUCACUCCCUUAAGAUACAAUGUAUCUGAGUACAGCUGGAGUCAAGUUAGAGCACACGUGCUGGGUGCGUGGGGACAGCACAACGCUACCUUAGACGUAAUUGCUCUGAAAAAGGAUAUCGAUCGCUUCUGUACUCUCAAUUUGGAUACCGCUGGAGACGGUAUCAUUUCUAGUAUUACUAAAGACUUACAGGCUUUUUAUCCAACGAUUUGGUUACGAAGAAACUGUAUCUUUUUGAUGAUUAUAUUGCUCACGGUUUCUCUUUUCUGUUUUCUCUUUUGCAGUCUGCCAAAACGCAACCCACGUAAGAGACCAAUUAAAGAUGAUUCUGCCUCAGCUUACCAUGACAGUGUUGCCAUUUCAAAAAAUUAAUAAUAAAAAAAUGGGAGGUGUCGGAGACCACGGCAUGGCCUGAGCUCUGCUGAAGCGUGCUUGGCCGAGCUGCAAAGGUGACCGGUCAGGCUGUGCGGCUGGCAGAGGUCAGCCGCCUGACGCCGAGGCAGGUGUGGAGAUGCCGUGGGCUCGGGCAGCAGCAGUUGAAACAUUCUCUCCUGGUUAGUGUUUGGUGGGGAAGAAUGUGUUUUCUUUAGGAUUUCCCGAU